AUGUAUUACUGCACGUAUUUGGUUAUUGCAGCCACCCUAGUUUAUGCAAAUGAAGACUCUGUGUGUUAUUUGAAACGUUACGGAUAUUUAGAGAAUGACAACACUACUUCGUUGGUAGACGGGGAAAUCUUAAAGGAGGCGAUAGAGACAUUUCAAGCUAAAUAUAAUCUCACAGUUGACGGGUCCAUGAACCCUGAAACAGAAGCGUUUAUGAGGAGCCCGCGAUGCGGGAACAAAGACAAUCCUUUGCCAUAUAGAAUACUGAGCAACAACACCAAAUGGAGUAGGUACCGAAAUAGUAACUUUGAACUGGUUGGGCAAACCGCGGUUCGUACCGUUGGUGUUUGGGCGAUACACACUAACCUCGUUUUUUAUCGCUCUUUCUACGAUUCCAACAUUCCUAUAUCGUUGGAUUCUCUCCACGUCAUGUACGCUACCAGAUCAUCGUGUCCGUAUAAGUUCGACGGCCGCGGAUCGGUGUUGGCACACGCCUUUUUCCCAGACGUCUUGAAAAACCAGACUGAUAUUCAUUUCGACGUCGACGAAGACUGGGACAUGGGUAUGAAUCUCCCGGCACCUGGAAAAACAUCGUUCUUCUCUGUUUUGGUUCACGAGAUCGGUCACGCGUUGGGAUUGAGUCACUCGUCACAACGGGACUCCGUGAUGUAUCCAUACUACGAAAUCCCACCAAACAUCACACACAUGUCUGAACUCGAUCUCGGUAAGGACGAUAUUUACGGUAUCCAAUAUCUCUACGGUUAUCCCGUUCCUUCCACGACGACGACGACAACUACUACGACCACCACUACAUCGCGACCACCUUCCGAUAGAGGAGUUUCGACUAACAACUUGUGUGAUUACAAAACCAAAUUACAAACUGUUCUGAUAGUCAAUAACAAGAUCUUCAUGUUUCACAACAAGAAGGUAUGGGUAGUAGAUAUGGAGGAAACAGAUCGUGAGCCGUCACAGUUCAACCGACCCAAAAUAAUAACGCAGUGGUUACCAUUUCUGCCGCACGACUUUGUAAACAUAACUGCUAUUUAUGGACGGCCUAAUGGUGAAAUAGUUUUAUUCACCAGAAAUCAAGUGUAUUUCAUCCACUAUCCUAGUUUAAAAAAGAUUUUUGAAUCUACUGUUGAAGCGUUUCUCGAGUAUCCGAACGUGGAGAUAAACGCUGUGGUGAACGGUCAUACAGGACUAACAUACAUUUUAGCCAGCGAUCUCGUAUUCCAAGUAGACGAGUGA